UUUCUUCUUCCGCCGUUGAGGGCCUGAAGAGCUCGAGAGUUGCUGUGGCUGGUGAUGAUGAUGGCGAUGGAGAUGGCUUGGCUAGUGAUAAUGAUAAUGGUGGAGAAGGUGGGAAGGUUUUUGAGGAAAAGGCGUUGAAGGCGACUAGAAGGCAGAAGGGUUUGUCUGGCGGAGGCGUGUUAGUUGGUAAUCCUGAUUUGUUGACUAUUCCAGGAGUUGGUCCGAGGAAUUUGAAGAAGCUGGUCGAGAAGGGGAUUGGAGGAGUGGCUGAGCUCAAGCAGUUGUAUAGAGAUAAGUUCUUUGGUGAUUCUAGCCCGAAGAUGGUUGAGUUCUUACAGAGUUCUGUUGGAAUUAUCCACAGAAAUCAUGCUGAAAGUAUAACUACUUAUAUAAAAGACACUGUCGAUAAAGAACUGACCGAGGACAGUUCAAACUCGGAUGCAAAGCCAUCUCAGAAGAAACGGAUUACAUUCUGUGUGGAGGGAAAUAUAAGUGUGGGAAAGACAACAUUCCUCCAAAGAAUAGCUAAUGAAACCCUCGAGCUACAGGACCUGGUUGAGGUGGUUCCAGAACCUAUUGACAAGUGGCAGGAUAUAGGACCUGAUCACUUCAACAUACUAGAUGCCUUUUAUGCAGAGCCUGAAAGAUAUGCCUACACUUUCCAGAAUUAUGUGUUUGUGACAAGGGUUAUGCAGGAGAGAGAGUCUUCUGGUGGAAUCAAGCCGCUCAGGUUAAUGGAAAGGAGCGUUUUCAGCGACAGGAUGGUGUUUGUGAGAGCUGUCCAUGAAGCAAACUGGAUGAAUGAGAUGGAGAUCAGCAUUUACGACUCAUGGUUUGAUCCAGUUGUGUCGACCUUGCCCGGGCUAAUUCCCGAUGGUUUCAUCUAUCUUAGAGCAAGCCCUGAUACUUGUCACCAAAGAAUGAAGCUACGAAAGAGAGCUGAAGAAGGUGGGGUCAGUUUGGAGUAUCUCUGUGACUUGCACGAGAAGCAUGAAAGCUGGCUUUUCCCUUUCCAAAGUGGUAACCAUGGGGUUCUAUCUGUCAGUAAGCUACCAUUACAUCUAGACAGAUCUUUACACCCCGAUAUCAGGGAUCGUGUCUUCUUCUUGGAGGGUGACCAUAUGCAUAGAAGUAUUCAAAAGGUCCCUGCCUUGGUUCUUGAUUGCGAACCAAACAUUGAUUUCAGCAAAGACAUUGAAGCUAAGAGACAGUAUGCUCGUCAAGUUGCCGAAUUCUUUGCAUUUGUAAAGAAGAAGAACGAAGCUUCUUCGUCAACUGCUGGCCAGGAUGGUUCAAAUGGUUGCCAACCGCAAGUAAUGCUGCAAAAUAAAGGAUUAUGGGUACCCGGCGGGAAUCAUUUCCCAGAAUCAGCUCUGAAGUCAUUGGAUUUCAGGCGGGCUAUGUCGUACAUGUCUGGUUAGGGAUCAGAUCUCUCAUCAGUGUUCUCUUUUCCCAGAUUCGUCGCAACAGCCUUACUUGUUCUAUCUGUUAUGUUUCUGGUGGUUGUGUAAAGAUGCUUAGGAAUGUAGAGAUUGUAUGGUGUUAGUGUUGGAUGCUUGCUUUGUAGGUUGUAAAACCCUCUUUCAGUGCUAAAAGCUCCAUUUAGUUGUAUGUGUUGAUAAUCUCAUUGAUUCUCUUGGAGCUGGUUUUGGGGUGGGCGCAGACUCUGGAGAAUUUGUGGGAAUAGGCCAUGUAAGGAGUCGGCUUUCACAACUCUAUUAAAACAACUUUCUGUAUGAAUCCUCUAUUUUUACUACCUUUUAGCUAUUGGUUUGAUU